AUGUGUUUGGCUUCAAAAUUUUUUUGGCUUGAGUUUUUUUUAUCAUUUGAUGAGGUUGAAUGUGGUUUUGUUGAGCUUAUGUCUAUAGCGCCGCCAGAUGUAACAGAUUUUUCUGAUUAUAUACUUGACAAUUAUAUAUCAGAAGAUUCGCAAUUUCCACCUUUUAUUUGGGCCGAAGAGCCACAAACAUACCCAAGAACAACUAAUGGCCCAGAAUCUUUCCAUUCAAAUUAUAAUCAGCAAUUUUAUAAACAACAUCCUAACUAUCAAAAUGUUAUUAACUUAUUGAUCGAAAUUCAAACCGAGACAAAUUUAAAAGUAAAUAGCAUUGGAAAAAAAAUAACUAAUAAAUUAAGAAAAGAAACAAAAGCUUGUACAAAAAUGUUGGGAGACAUAAAGUUGAAAAAAAUAUAUUAA